CAGCCAUGAUUGCAAACCGGAAGCAACAUCCUGGUCACUGAACCAAUCGCAGACUAGACGCCUCCACCAACGAGUCAAGGGGAAGGACGGAGGGAGAUUAUCAGGGAUCCAUAGCAGCGGCAUCAAUCUGGAAUAGAAGAAAAAUAACCGCAAUGGGAAGCUCCGACUCGAAACUGAAUUUUAGAAAAGCGGUGAUACAACUGACAACAAAAACACAGCCGGUGGAAGCCACAGACGACGCCUUUUGGGACCAGUUCUGGGCAGACAGCAACACCACAGUGCAGGAUGUGUUUGCACUGGUGCCAGCAGCUGAGAUAAGAGCUGUGAGAGAGGAGUCCCCAUCUAAUUUAGCCACCCUCUGCUACAAGGCUGUUGAGAAGCUAGUGCAGGGGGCCGAGUCUGGGUGCCCUGCAGAGAGGGACAAGCAGGUGGUUCUGAACUGCACCCGAAUUCUGAGCCGCAUCCUUCCCUACAUUUUUGAAGAUCAAGACUGGAGAGGCUUCUUUUGGUCUACAGUGCCCGGUGCUGGAAGAGCUGGAGCAGAAGACUUGGAUGAAGAUGACGGAGCUCGACCACUGGCUGAGUCACUGCUUCUUGCUAUUGCAGACCUGCUCUUCUGCCCUGAUUUCACAGUCCACAGCCACAAAAGGGGCCCAGACUCUGUGGAGAAUAUGCAGACCAUAGACAGUUGUGAAUACAUCUGGGAGGCAGGAGUAGGCUUUGCUCAGUCACCACCUCUCAACUACAUCCAUGACCUCAACAGGACAGAGCUGCUAAGAUUGUUACUGACCUGUUUUUCGGAGGCAAUGUACCUUCCACCUUCAUCAGACAACAGCAUCCUCAAUCCUUGGGUGACCUUCUUCUGUUCCACUGAAAACAGACAUGCCCUACCCCUGUUUACCUCUCUGAUCAAUGUGGUCUGUGCCUAUGAUCCAGUUGGAUUUGGUAUUCCGUACAAUCACCUGCUCUUCUCGGACUACCGGGAGCAGCUGGUGGAACAGGCUGUGCAAAUCCUCAUAGUCACUUUGGAGCAUGACGGUGGGCCCCCUCACAGGCCAGUUUCCCCAUCUAGCAUUGAAGAACAUGAGUUUGCAGGUCCUGAAAAUCUGUUUGUAAAUUAUUUGUCCAGGAUCCAUAGAGAGGAGGACUUUGACUUUGUAUUAAAAGGCUUGGCUCGUUUACUGACCAACCCUCUCACUCAAACUUAUCUACCUAACUCCACCAAGAAAAUUCAGUUUCAUCAAGAGCUGCUUGUUCUUUUCUGGAAGCUUUGUGAUUUUAAUAAGAAGUUCCUGUUUUUUGUCCUGAAGAGCAGUGAUGUGCUGGAUAUUCUGGUUCCUAUACUGUACUAUCUGAAUGAUGCCAGGGCUGAUCAGUCUCGAGUUGGUCUAAUGCACAUUGGUGUGUUCAUAUUACUGCUUCUGAGUGGGGAAAGGAACUUUGGUGUGCGCUUGAAUAAGCCGUACUCCCUGAAUGUGCCUAUGGACAUCCCAGUGUUCACAGGAACUCAUGCAGACCUUCUCAUAAUGGUUUUCCACAAGAUUAUCACCACAGGCCACCAGCGUCUUCAGCCGUUGUUUGACUGCCUGCUCACUAUCAUUGUUAAUGUAUCACCCUAUUUAAAGAGUCUUUCCAUGGUGGCAGCAAACAAGUUGCUCCACCUGCUGGAGGCCUUCUCCACCAACUGGUUUUUAUUUUCUGCAGCUCAAAACCAUCACCUUGCAUUCUUUCUCUUGGAGGCUUUUAACAAUAUUAUCCAAUAUCAAUUUGAUGGAAACUGCAACUUGGUCUAUGCUAUUAUUCGCAAGCGAAAUGUGUUCCACCAGCUGGCCAACCUGCCCUCUGAUCCUGCCUCCAUUCAGAAGGCUUUGCAGAAGAAGAGGAAGAUUCCGGAUGUUAUUUCUCGCACUAGCUCCCAGGAAACUGUGUCAAUGGAGGGCUCCCGCCCAGCUGUGCCAGCAGAACCAGGCACUCUGAAAACCAGUCUGGUGGCCAUUCCAGGCAUUGACAAACUGACAGAAAAAUCUCAGGUAUCAGAAGAUGGCACUAUGGUCUCAGUCCCAAAGACAGACUCUGCUCACCCUGACCCGAGUGCAGCCGCUGGCACCAGUGACACAGAGUCCAACUCCGGCAGAGACAAUGAGGAUGUUUUCUACACUGAAGCUGAAAUGGAAAGAAGGCGUUUGUCAAGUGCAUCUUCCGCAUCUUAUUGGGCUCCCACACCAGAAUGGGUCCUCUCCUGGAAGUGCAAACUCCCCCUUCAGACAAUCAUGAGGCUGCUGCAAGUUUUGGUCCCUCAGGUGGAGAAGAUCUGCAUAGACAAGGGUCUGACAGAUGAAUCAGAAAUUCUCAAGUUUUUACAGCAUGGCACAUUGGUGGGCCUGCUGCCAGUCCCUCACCCUAUCCUCAUCAGGAAAUACCAGGCAAAUGCUGGCACUGCAAUGUGGUUUCGCACCUAUAUGUGGGGAGUUGUGUAUUUGCGCAAUGUGGACCCUCCUAUCUGGUAUGAUACAGAUGUCCGGCUUUUUGAGAUACAGAGGAUGUAGGCUUGAUAAUAAUAAAGAAGCCUGUUCAGUGCCAGUGUUUUUCA